AUGGAGGAAACGUGCUGCUCUGCCGAGAGGACUGUAGAUGACAAAGCUAUCACCCUCUUUGACAUCCCUCCUCCAUCAGAUCAAGCUUUCCUGCAGGCGGCGGCCAUCUUCCAAUAUCUACGUACGGAGAAGCCGCUCAGGCAUCAGUUUCUGAGUUAUGAGAAGAAGACGGACACGCUGUCUCUGCCGGGAAGCGGAGACAAGAGAAUUGAGCAUCAGGCCUUCCAGCUAGCUUUCAGCACUCUCAAAUACCAAGAGUCACUGGAGGAGAUGCUGAUGGACAGCCACUUCCACAUGGCGCAGAAUAUUCCUCGUGGCCUCCUGCCACUAGCAAUGGUGAUGCUCUGUGACUUCCGUGAUCGGAGCUUUACGCCACGGUUGCGUUUGACAAAGGAAGGGGACGAGCCUCAGCAGGAAGUGAGAGAUCUUGAAAGCAGGCUACACAAGUGUAAAACCAAGCUGGCAGCCUCUCUGGCACGCUGCAGGGUCAAACACAGCCUGCGGAGUAUUUCUUGCAUUUUGUCGGAGCCCGUGAGGAGCAAACAACAACAAGCCAGACGUCUUCCUCUUUAUGCAUGGGUCAACACUCUCAAAAGCAGCGUGGAGAAAGUAUGUGAGGAGUUGCAACUUUGCGGGAUGUCCGAGGUGGACCAUGUGGCUGAAGUCGGUGAAACUGCAUUCAGUCGAGACCCCCUCUGUUUAGACACAUUCAUCCUUCCCCGAAAGUUACUCGGCUCCCAGCAGCUCAACAGCCUCACUGCGACACACAAACUUAACAUACAGGACAGGAGCACAAGCUUGGUAGUGAGCGCAUUAUGCCCCCUCUUAUUCAACGGCACCGACGUCCUGGUGGCGGGUUCCUUCUCAGCCUUGACUGUGGCCCACAUGGCCAUCGUGGCGACCGCCAUGUCAGUCGGCGUGCUGGUGUGUGGUGGUGAUCACACCGCAUCACAACUUGAGGACCUACACGAGCUACUGAAACACAUGGACGUGAAAAAUGUGCGCGUCCUCUCUGAAGCAUUCUUCAGUCUGGAUGAGUGGGACUGUGGGAUUGAGCGUUUAAAGGUCAUCGUGGUGUUUCCUCAAUGCUCGUCGUCUGCCCUCAGUGAUCCUGUGGACAUCAUCCACCGUGAACAUGGAGACUGGAAUCUGCUGCAGGACUUGUCUCGUGGUUUAGUGUCCCAGAGCAACAUAAGCAAACUUACAACUCAGCAAGCAAGACUACUGGGCCGCGCUCUAACCUUCCCACAGGUUCAGACCGUGCUCUACUGCACACGUUCAGUGUAUGUCGAGGAAAAUGAGCAGCUUGUGAAUAGAGUGUUGGAAAAAACACACACUGCCUCCAGACUGCGGCCAUUCAGGGUGAAUGGACCUAUUUUCCCUGAAGACACUCUGUCUGGAGACACAGCAGCUUGCAAGUUCUUCAGGUUGGAACCCUCUCCGGUCACCAACGGCUGCUUCGUGGCCCGUUUGUCUCGCCAGGCAGAUCCAACUAAGGUCGAAACAGUCCAGGAAGUGCUGGCGAGGGCAGUGGCCAAAGGUCUCCUGGAUGGAAUUUUCCCUGGAGAACCAAAGACAAAGAAGGAGAACAAGAAGAAUCCUGCAGGACAUUCAGACCAGGAAAAGGACAAAGCUGAAGUAGAGCUCGAGGGGGACGAGGAUGGAAAAGCCGGACGCAAGAGGAAAGUGCUGAGGAAAAGACGUAAACAUAAGAUCAAGUCCAAACACGCCGAGGUGAUCUCCGAGCAACAUUCAACUGGCCACAAGAAGAGGAAGAAGAAAGUACCAACAGAGACGCAUCACAAGAAGCGUAUAGUUAAGAGCAAAGCAAGAAAGAUCCCUCGGCUGACACUCCAGCUGAUAUCCUCCACUAAACCUUUCAACCACGUGUUUGAUGCAGCAGCCAAGCUGGAGUCAUCCGUAGCCUCUGCUAAAAAAGAUUCCUCUCCUAACAGGCCGCACUCCAAAAAGGCAAAUGCAAGACCGGCAACUACGAGUAAAGAAGGAUGCUCAGUGAGGAGCUACAUGGAGGAAAUGGCCACCGAAGAGGCCAUCAUGUCAGACUUGGUCCUUUCGCUCACCUGCAGCUCUAUGAACAGCGAGAGCGACACGUACCUCAGGCAGACUUCAGCCUCCGCAUCCCAGCAUGUUCAGAGGUCUACAUCGUCAAGUUUUAAAUUCAUCUAAGAAAA